CCAAGCAGGAGGUGGCAAGCUAGAAUUUCAGUAUCACAAAAAGGAAAAAAAAAAGGUGGGGUGGGGGGUAAGCUUGGGAAUUCAGAGUCAUAAAAGGGCUUCCACCAUUCAAGCAGAGAGAGAGAUCACACACAUGCAUGUGUGGCGGCGGCUCUUCAUCUCUCCAGCAAGCUCCAAGGCAACAGCAGCCCUUCACCCAGAUAACUGGGAUAGAAAACCCAAGACCAAAAAGGAUGAGGAUUGCCACCAUGGCCACCUUCGCUGUGCUUUCAAUACAGUUUUGUAUGCUGGCUCAAGCCAGUGGAAAGUUAGCUGGGAAAGGGCAGGUUGCUGAAAAGGACCCAGCUGGGGCUGUAGGAACCAGGAAGUCCCUCCAUCCAUCCCAGGAAGGAGACAGAGAGCCCGAAGUGAGAAGAGAGCCUUCCCCCUGGUUGCAGAAGGCAGCAGAAGAAGCUGGAGCAGGCGGCAGAGCCCACAGCAAAGCGGCAAGCAAACCCCGACUGGGCAACAUUCAGCAGAAGGCCAGUGGCAAGAAAAAGAUUCCUCAGCGGCCCCCUCCAAAAAGCAAGAGCCAAGGGCUUCAGAGCCACCUGAAAGGCUAUGGGAAGUUUAAUACAGAUACGUAUUCCUGUCCUGGGAUUCAGUUCAAAGCCUGCAAAAAACCCUCAGAUUGUGACGGCUGCUUGGGCCUCUACACCUGCAAACUGCCAAGAGGAAAGUGUGACCUAAAAGCAGUUUCUCACGAAACAGGUGGUUUCUUCCAGAGUAUCCAGAACAGAUAAAUGACAUUUGAUUCCUGACAUAAGAAAAUGAAAGAAGAGUGCUACUUGACAAAAACCAAACUUUCCUGACAUAUGAAAAUGAAAGAAGAGUGCUACUUGACAAAAAUCAAACUUUGCAUGUUAGUUUCUCAUGUUACAAUUUCUAA